UGGCCAGACCUAAAAAGAAAAUACCAACCAAUUACUUACACUUUACUUGCUUAAAUAUUAAUUGUGAAAAAUAAAUAAUUAUAACAAAAACCAACUUAUUAGUAUAAUUAACAUUAAAACAACAAUAAAAUUAUAACUAAUGAAUUAAUUAAAUACCACAGUGCAGUUGCAAAAACAAACGAAAAAUUAAAAAAAUAUAUAUAUUGUUUAUAGACGUAAACGUUAUUAUACAAAAUAUGGUUUAUUAAUAGAUAAAUUCUUACAAGUGGAAGUGAAUGAAUGCAUGAGGAAUACUUUAAUACUUUUGUAUGUUUGUAAACAUUUGUUCAAAAAAUUAAAAUAAAUAUUUUCUUUUAAUUUUCAAUUCUGUGUGUAAUGAGAUUAAUAAACAAAUUAUUUUGUGGAAUUAUAUGAUUCACCUGUAAAAUGUCGUUCAGCCAGGUGUUUAAAUAAUUCCAGUAUUAAAAGAAAAGGGGAAAAGUGUUAAAUAAGCCCUAAGAACAGGCACAUGUAUGCAAUAUUUGGAAGAAAAACAACAACAAGUAGAUAACAACAAAAACAUUUUUAAAACAUUAAAUUUUUUUGAAAACAGCAGACAAACAUAAAAAGGAUUUAACCCUUUAAAAAUAAACACUAUAUAAUUAUAUGUCUUUAAAAGGAUAUCUGAUACAAUAAGAUAAAUCUACAAAAGGCCCAAACACCAUACACUAACAACGAAGUCUUUAAAAAAAUACACAGUAAUGGAUGAGUUUCCCGUUGUAAGAGUAUCACCUGAUGAAAUACUGGAGGAAGAAGAGUUUGAACGUCUGUACUCUGCCCCGGUAGAAAUUAUAGUGUUGCUAUCAAUUUUCUAUGGCAGCAUAAGUAUACUCGCAAUAAUCGGCAACACAUUGGUCAUAUGGGUGGUGGCAACCACGCGACAAAUGCGCACCGUAACCAAUAUGUAUAUAGCAAAUUUGGCAUUUGCCGAUGUAAUUAUUGGGCUAUUUUGUGUACCAUUUCAGUUUCAAGCUGCCUUAUUACAGCGUUGGAAUCUACCCUGGUUUAUGUGUGGUUUUUGCCCCUUUGUACAGGCAUUAAGUGUUAAUGUAUCUGUAUUUACCCUAACGGCAAUUGCGGUAGAUCGUCAUCGUGCCAUAAUAAAUCCCUUAAGAGCUCGUCCCACAAAAUUCGCCUCGAAAUUUAUCAUCGGUUGUAUUUGGUUGAUUGCAUUCACCUUUGCCGUACCCUGUGCAAUAGCAUUUCGCGUGGAGGAAGUUCAUGAACGUAUAAAAGAAAACGGAAUCGUCUCCAAUGUGACAAGACCAUUUUGUACGAAUGUUAAUUUGUCUGAGUAUCAACUACAGUCAUAUCGUUAUACUUUGGUAUUUGCACAAUAUUUGGUACCAUUUUGCGUCAUCAGUUUUGUCUAUAUACAAAUGACUAUUAGAUUGUGGGGUACCCGUGCUCCUGGUAAUGCUCAAGACUCACGAGACAUUACACUGCUAAAGAAUAAGAAAAAGGUUAUAAAAAUGUUGAUUAUUGUUGUCGUGGUGUUUGGUCUCUGCUGGCUGCCUUUACAGUUGUACAACAUUUUGUAUGUAACAAUACCGGAAAUAAACGAAUAUCAUUUCAUAAGUAUUAUCUGGUUUUGCUGCGAUUGGUUGGCCAUGAGCAAUAGUUGUUAUAACCCCUUCAUCUAUGGCAUUUAUAAUGAAAAAUUCAAACGUGAAUUUAACAAACGUUUUGCCGUAUGCUUCUGUCGUUUUCAAACCAGCAUUGAUGCUAACGAACGUACUCUCUCCAUGCACACGAGAGCAAGUUCACUACGAUCAACUUAUGGACAAACGCAAAUGCGUUUGAGAGGCAAUACAUUUAAUGGCAGUACUCAUAGUCAUCAUCGUGCCUCUCUAAAAGCAGCAGCGGCAGCAGCAAAUAAACAUGAAAGUCUUAAUUCUAAUCAUGCAGAAGGAACAACAAUUCUUCUAAAUAACUAUGGAAAUUCCAAUAAUAAUCACGAAAGCUCAAAUAAUCAUAAAAUGUCUUGGCAGAGAAAUAAUUUUAAACCUUUACAUCCCGAACUAAUCGAAUACGAUGGUGAUGAAGAUCAAAGUUUAAUAGAAGAGAAAAUUCAGCUACCAGUCAUUACUAAUUCUAAUGUAGAGUUUAGAAAUUUAGAACAACCAUUAAAAGAUACAGUUUUCGGUGGUCGUGAGUUAAUGGCAAAUGAUAGAACGAUAAAUUGAAAUAGAAUGGAAAUAUGAAGAGUUUAUUUUUAAUGGUUCUCCGCCUCCUUAAAGCUGUGAUGUUAGAAAAUCAAACUGUACAUACAAAUACAACUGAAUUUAAAUUUCUUUAUCAAUAUUUUUUCUUAAGCACACUUUUGUCAUUUUUUCUAAACUCUAGUCAAUAUAUGAUGAUCUGCCAUUAAAACAAGCAACCUUCAACAACAAAAUUUUCCUAAAAAUAUAUUAAAACUAUAAUAGGUUUCUGAACACAAAUGACCAAUUACAUAACUAGUUCUGAGUAUGUUGUUUUUAUGUUUCUUUAAGAUUUAAGGAAUAAUCUUCAUUUAAGAAUUUUUUACGCUUGUGAAGAUUAUUAACAUUUUCAAAAACCUAGGUUGAAUGUUUCAAAUAAUACACCGAAAAAAAUAAAGAGUUAGUGUGCAAUAAAAAAUAUCAAGUACAGUUAAAUUUUUGAUUUUAAUUAUUUAAUAGAUUAG